UCACUGUGGCGCGGCUCGAGAUUCAAGAAUGGCGGCAGUGGCGUCUAGGAUCGCUGGAGUGAAGGGACUGGCGGAUGCUGGGAUCGCCAUGGUGCCCGGUGAGUACCGCAGGGAUUCAGAUCCACGGCAGUGCGUGGAGAUCGAAGAAAUUCCUGUGAUCGAUCUGUCCGAUGUGGAGAAGUGCUCCCCUGCUCGGAUAUUGGCGAUUGACUCCAUCCGGAGCGCGUCUAGAGACUGGGGCUUCUUCCAGAUUGUCGGCCAUGGUUUUCCAGAAGAACUCAUGGCGAGCAUGAUGGAGCUCGUCCACGACUUCUUCCGCCUUCCCAUCGAGGAUAGGUCCGUGUACUACUCCGAGGAUAGCUCCUCAAAGUUUCGGAUGGGGACGAGUUUCAUCCCGUCCAAGGAGACGCGACGAAUGUGGCAAGACUUUCUCCACCAGGCGUGCUAUCCUCCCUGCGAGAUCGCCCAGCUCCCGACUAAGCCUCCAUCCUACGUGAAGAUCUCGACCGCUUACGCAGAAGCCAUGAACCGGUUGUCGAAAAGAGUGCUUGGAUUGUUCUCGGAGUCACUGGGACUGGAAAGUGGUGCUCUGGAGGAAGCUUUUGGAGGGGAGAGGCAUACGAUGAGGAUGAACUACUAUCCACCUUGUCCGGAGCCGGAGCUUACAAUCGGACUGGACGCUCACGCGGAUCCAAACGGUUUCACUAUACUCCAGCAGGACACCAGGGUGAAAGAUGGCCUCCAGAUUCUACACUGUGGAGCGUGGGUGCCGAUCAAACCUCUGCCUGGCGCCUUUGUUGUCAACAUUGGAGAUCAACUUCAGAUUCUUUCCAAUGACGUGUACAAGAGCGUGGAGCACCGAGUAGUUGUCAACUCGGAGCGAACUCGAGUCUCCAUUGCUUCGUUCUAUGGGCCAGCGGAAGAUAGCCAUAUUGCUCCGAUGGCGCAGCUGGUCACUGACGACGCGCCUGCUUGCUUCAAAGAAAGCGCCUAUGGAAAAUACCUUCAAUCUUUCUACGCUUCAAAACUAGAUGGCAAAGCAGCCAUUAAGACUGUGAGGUAUUAAGCUUUGUCUCUUUUCAAUCUUGAAGUUGGAGGUGGUGCAUCUCGCUUAAGUUAUGGUCGUCCCACUCAUUUCCAUCCCUCCCUUAGAAUGGGGUUGCUCUCAAUCUUGAUUUGAUCUAACAUAUAUCAAGCUGAAACUUGGUGA